AUGGUGCCUUCUCAAGAGCAGGUCCAGUACCAACCCCCGGUUCUUGAAGAUGUUUUCUCUAAUGGCGAAAUCUAUGAACUCUUUUCACUUUUCCAAUCAGAACAACAUCCCGUCCAAACGACGUCCAGUCUAGAGUCAACUCGAUCAGUCUAUUCAAUUGAAGAAAGAAAGCGCAGACGAAUGAUAUCAAACCGGGAAUCAGCCAGGAGAUCACGUUGGCGGAAAAAGACGCACCUAAUGAACCUCGAAAAUGAAGCAAACUCUGUAAAAAUCGAGAACCGGAAAUUAAAAAUCCGGUUGUGCAGGCUCACAAAUGAGUACCAUUUCGUUCAAAGAGACACAAACCUGCUAACACUAGAGUGUAUUGAUCUGCAACAAAGAUUAGCUCGUUUAUGUCAAAUCUUACAACCAUUCAACUGUACUAAUUGA